GAGAGUUCUUUAUCUAUAAGUAUCACGAUAUUGACAACUUUUUGAAGUUGAUUGCCACCGUCGGUUGGUUAUGUUCAAUCACCUUGAUGUGGUGCAAGUCAUCAAUUCGAGCCUGGUACGAAACAAAUAAUGCUGAUUACUUCCAUAUGCAUUGGGCCGGGCCUUGUGGGCUUUUAACAAAAGCCCACAUCAAGGCCCAAUUUAUAAACAAGGAAGGAAAAUAUUGGCGAAGAACAUAACAGAUCACCAUGGCUAUCAAAACUUGCUUAAACCCUUCAGUUGGAUCUUCGUUUCCCUCUGGGGAACUUGUCCGCGUCGGAUUUGGCUGAUGGCGCAUCGUCUGUUGCGAGGAUUACGAGAGACAGCGAAAAGUCUGGUUCUUCAACGGCGUUCGAGACCUGUUUAUCAAUUGGUUGAGUCGUCGUUACCCAGAAAUUACGCGACGGACGUGCGAAAUGCAGCGUACGAAGGCGACGUUGUUCUGCGGCUUAUUCGGAACGAAAUUCAGUACGAGCUCGAUCAUUUCCCUGCACUUGAGCCUGUACCAGAAUUCAAUUCGUUCAUUGUUGAUGGACGACCGGGUGAGCAGUGGAUCCAGUUAAGAAGAAAAUUUGGAGAGAAGGAACAAAUAAAAAUUGAAGCAACUAUGUUCAACAGACUUCACAUGAAGAAGACCGAUGAAAUGCCAGAGGACAUGAGGCUUGAAAUAACUUUGGUCAUUGAUGUGUUCAAGGGGGAAGAUAUAUUGGAGUUUGUAUGCUCUGCAAAGCGAGAUGGUAUCGAGAUUCACAAAGUUUAUGCUCGUGGACAUGAUAAAGUAAAAGAUCAGUCUUACAUCGGUCCUGAAUUCAAGGAUUUGGAUGAUGACUUGCAAGAUUCACUCUAUGAUUUCUUAGAGGCUAGAGGUAUAGACGAUGAGCUGGCAGAAUAUUUGCAUCUGUAUAUCCAGAACAAGGAAAAAAAUGAGUAUCUGCAGUGGAUGGUAAAUCUCAAAUCUUUCAUACAGGGGUAGAGAAACACCAUUGCUCUUUGCUACAGUUUCUUACAUCAGGGAAAGCCCAACUGUUUAGGGACAGUGCAUUGUGAUGAAGAUGAUGAUAGGCAAAGGCGUGGCUGGACGGCAAGAGCGGCGGCCUGAGCUGCGAUUUUGGCGGGGAAGCGGAAGAACAGAGCAAGUGGCUGUGUGAAAAGACAGUGGUGAAGGGGUCGUCGAUCAGGCAGAUGAAGCAGUAAGCCAGUACAAAGGUAGGUUAAAGGGCUAAAUUGUCAUUUUCGAAAUGAGGGGCAUGAUAGACUUUUCAAGUGGCAGAUCCAUACAAGCUCGUCUUUUCAAGCCAGUAAAAAGGUAGGUUAAAGGCUAAAUUGUCAUUUUCGAAAUAAGGGACAUGAUAGACUUUUCAAGUGGUAGAUCCGUACAAUCUGGUGUUUGCCCUCAGGUCGCUUGGUCUAGUCGGUUGGUUUGGUUGGUUGGUUUUCGGUCGGAUGGUCAGUUGGGUUGGUUAGCGGUCGGAUAAGCAGGCCGGAAGAUCCUCGGUCGGUUUGUCCUUGGUCGAAUGAUCAGGUCGGUUGGUUAGCGGUCGGAUACGCAGGUCAGAAAGUCCUCGUUCGGUUGGUCUAGUCGGUUGGUCCUCGGUCGGAUGGUUAGCGGUCGGACAGACAGGUCUGAUGGUCAGCAGGUCGGACAGACAGGUCUGAUGGUCUGCGGUCGGAUAAAGUAGAUCGGCUGGUCUACGGUCGGAUAGGCAAGUCAAUUGGUUGGCAGACAGAUAGACAGGUCGCUUGGUGGGUGCGGCCAAGGAGUCUUUGUCUACGAUUCGUCUCUGGAUUGGUCAAUUGGGCUAUUUGAGUUUUGGAACUGGUUUAGGGUUUAGGGUUUAGAAGGUCCUCGGUCGGUUGGUCUAGUCGGUUGGUCUCUGGUCGGAUUCAGGUUGGUUGGUUAGUGGUCGGCUAGGCAGGUCGGAAGGUCCAAGAUCGGUUGGUCUAGUCGGUAGGUCAUCGGUCGGAUGGUUAGCGGUCGGACAGAUAGGUCUAAUGGUCAGCAUGUCGGACAGACAGGUCUGAUGGUCAGCAGGUCGGACAGAUAGGUCUGAUGGUCUGCAGUCGGAUAAAGUAGGUCCGGUCUACGGUCAGAUAGGCAAGUUAGUUGGUCUGCAGGUAGAUAGAGAGGUUGGUUGGUUGGUGCGGCCAAGGAGUCUUUUGGUCUAGCGAUUGGUCUCUGGAUUGGUCGGUUGGGCUAUUUGAGUUCUGGAACUGGUGGAGGCGUUUGGCGAGGCGGUUGAUGUAACUGACCAGACGACGUUUCAAAAUGUUUCGUCUUGGGCGGUUGACGGCGGUUGCUGGGGACGGUUCCAAAAUGUCUUUUCAAGCCAAUACAAAGGUAGGUUAAGGGCUAAAUUGUCAUUUUCGAAAUGAGGUGCAUGAUAGACUUUUUAAGUGGCAGAUCCAUACAAUCUCGUGUUUAUAUGAUAUAAUAUAUAUAUAUAUAUAUAUUGGACCUAUAACAUAGUCACACAAAAUAGGGCAAUCGAGUUUCGAUAAUGUGAAGAUUAGGGAAGAAUUUAUAUUGAGUUGAUGAAAGCGGUUUGGUCCCCCUCCCCUCCCCGGCAUUAGGGAGAUGGUCUUAAUGGUUUAAGAAAAAUGAAUGCAUUGUGGAUUUUCGGCAUAGGAAAGGAAAAUAGUUUUACAUUCCAUUCAAUCUAUAAGUGUGUAAUAGAUUCAUAUUAUAGUUCAUGUAUGCAUUUAAAUUAUGUUGUAUAAUUAAGGCUAUAUUAUACUAUAUGCUGGUAGUAGAAAAACAAUAUACUUCCUCCGUUGGUCAAACGUGUGUUCAUUUGACCGGAGACAGGUUUUAAUAAAAACUAGUAAUAAUUGUUAUUUUUUAUUUUUAUAGUAAAAAAAUACAUAAGUGUAAUUAUUUUGAAUAGAUUAUGGUCAUUUUAUGUAUUUGUGGUGUGUUUUUACUAUGCUUGGAUAAGAUAGAAUUAUAUAAUAAUUGUGUAUUAGUUAACACAAAUAUUAUAUUAUAUAGGCAGAAUAGUAUAAAAUAAUUCACCCCGUGGUUUAUGAAAAUUGAGUGAAAUUUGUCGCUUGCUACAUAUGGUUCGCCUAGUGUAAUUUGUCCGUCGGGCCUAGUUUGUCCAUAGCUUCAUAUUCAAUAUUCAUA